GACCUACAACGAGAGGAUUGUCAACGGGCAGAACGCUGUGCCCGGCUCAUGGCCGUGGCAGGUGUCCCUGCAGGUACAGCACCAUCCCGCUCCUGGGCACUGCUAUGGCCAGCCGAGUGCCACUGUCGGGCACCAUGGGGACCUCUGCCUGUCCCCAGCUUGGGGGUGUUCAGCCCGCCCAGCCCCAGCUCUUCUCUCUUCCCUCCCCAGACCCGCACAGGAUCCCACUUCUGCGGUGGCUCCUUGAUCAGCCAGUACUGGGUCGUCACAGCUGCCCACUGCAACUUCGACCCGCGCAACCACGUUGUCGUCCUCGGGGAAUAUAGCCUUGCUUCCAACGCUGAGGCCGUUCAAGUGAAGACCGUGUCCAGGGCCAUCACCAACCCCGGCUGGAACCCCUACACCAUGAACAACGACAUCACCCUGCUGAGGCUGUCCACACCCGCCCAGCUGAGCUCCCGUGUGUCCACCAUCUGCCUGGCCCCUGCCAACCUGGUCCUGCCCAACAAUGCCCGUGCUGUCACCACCGGCUGGGGACGCACCAACCCCAACUCCCAAGCCUUGGCAGCAGUUCUGCAGCAGGUGACUGUGCCCCUGAUCCCCCAGAACCAGUGCAUGCAGUACUGGGGCAAUAAAAUCACCAGUGCCAUGAUCUGUGCCGGUGGGGCUGGUGCCACCUCUUGCCAGGGUGACUCUGGUGGACCUCUGGUGUACCAGACUGGGAAUGGCUGGAUCUUGAUUGGCAUUGUCUCCUGGGGAACCUCCAACUGCAACAUCAACACGCCGGCCAUAUACACUCGGGUCAGCCAGUUCCGUAACUGGGUCGACACCAUCGUUGCUCAGGGAUAAAGCUGCUGCCAGUGUGAUCCCUUCACUGGGAUUAAUAAAGCAUCAGCAUUUGCUUGUACCAAGUACUGCCUCUGGCUCCCUUCUUCUCACAAUGCAGGGCAGGGUGAAAGACACAUGGAGGAGCCUGGGGCACCCCAUGCUUCUGUCCUGAACCCCAGCACUUCCCAGAGCUGGAGCUGGUGCCCACCUGGGACACAGGGGGAACUACCAAACUAGGACAGGAUGCUCAGGCAGAGGGGGAGCAGGGCUGGCUGUGGCUCAAGGGCUACUCAGGGAGUCUUCAAGCACACCCUGGCACCAGCCUAGGUAGUGCUGAAGGUUGGAAGAACGGUCCUCCCACUGACCCAGGUGCGAGGUGCCACCAGGGACGGGACUGUGGAGCUGCAGCUCUGCACCACAAAGCACUGCUCAGCUGGCAGUGAAAGGUGGGUGUUGGGUACACAGGAUCCUGAAGGAUCCCUGCAUGCAGUUUAAAGCCAUGAUUUGUGUAGCAGCUGGGAGCACAGAACUGGAAGGGAGAAUUGCCAUGGGCAGCUCCAGCUCUUGGGGAAGGUGGGAGAGGAUAGCUGGAGAACAGCACGCUGCUUCACGCCUGCAGAUCUGCCAGGUAAUGGCAGGAAACUGAAGGCCAUUGCAAAGGAAAAUGUGAAGCUGAAAACAAAUUUCAAGGCCAGGUGACAGGCUUUCACUCAAAUGGGUUCUUGAGACAAUAGCUGGUGGAAAAAAAAAAGCCUUGUGUGACAUGGGAGUAGCAAGAUACAUGCUCAAUGAAUUACAAUCUGGUUCUCAAAACAGAGCUGGUGAUAAGGCACUGUGGAGAGAAGAAGCAGGAUCAGACUGUCCCAAAAUGAAAUGUGGGGUUUAGUUUUCCUUACCAGUGAACUGAAGGUGAUAUAACACCUUCACUGUGUGAAUCACAGCCCCCAAAAUGUAAUUGCUCUAUUAAGCAGAGUGUGACACUACACAGGGACACACUGAUGGGAAGGGGUAUGGAACAUCAAUGGAGGGCAAACACAAAUAGUCUGGCCCACAUGACUGAGUUUAAAUAAAAAUCUGUUCAAGUAAAGCCUAGGGCUAACAAAUUUUAGUUUGGCUGGGAAAGAGUUCCUUUUAUUCAGUGGUCUGCUCUGAAGGGAGCAUCUAACUCACCUUAAAGGCAAAUGAACAACAGAGAUGUGGGGAUGAACCAUGCAGGCAGAGAGAAGUGGUGGCUAUAGGGAACUUCAAACAGGAAUGACCAACUGUAGCACUAUAGGUCAUCUGGUCUGUGUGCUGAGCUGCCUGUCAGCUCUGCCACCCCUGGGAUAGGGUCCUCUGCCCCUGGAAAAUCCUGGAGAGGAGGUGGCUCAAGAGGGGUGUGCAUUGUUAUUACUUGAUAUUACAAGUUUUCCUGCUGGUCCUUAAAAGCUGCUCAGAGCAAAACUGGAGAGGUGAUGAGUGGGUGUGGAGAAAUCAGAGCAUUCCUCUGGCUCAGUCUACAGCCAAAGAAAAAGAAACAGAAUGUCCCAAAGUGCCUGUUCUGCCUCCCAACCAUAUCUUUCAGCAACAGCCUGAGUGCCUGCCUCAUCCAGGGCAUCCCAUGGACAUCCCAGCCCUGCACAAGGUCUCCCUUGGACAGCUCCUGGCCUGGCAGCUGUGGUAAAGAAACCAGCAAACCCUUUGAUGGGCACUUUGGUACCUCUUGCUGUGAU